CUCACACAACAGGACCCACAACACAAACAGCGCAACCUCUCCAUUUGACGUUGGCCGGAGACGACUACAGCAGCACCAGCCGACGCAGCGGUAGCCCCUUCACAACAUGGGGCGGCGAAAAAAGAGCACGAAGAAGAUCGUGGUCAAGAAGAACACUACACUCGACAAGGUGUUCAAGUGUCCCUUCUGCAACCACGACAAGGUGGUGGAGUGCACCAUGAACAAGAAGGAAAAGACAGCGCGGCUGCUUUGCCGGAUGUGCGACGUAAACUACGAAAUGACAAUAAACUACUUGACGGAGCCGAUAGACGUGUACACAGACUGGAUCGACGAGUGCGAGGCGGUUAACGCGGUCGACGCGGCUGCGGAGGAGCACAAAGAUGACGAGCAGUUCAUCGACGACCAAGAGAUAGCGGAGGGCUAAGAACCAGAAUAAGAACCAGAAGAUGUACAGACCCAAUCACCGCGUCCCCGGUGUUAGGGAAAAUGCUAGCUUCGACAUACAACAACUCGAGUCAACACGUCGGUAGGAUGAACUGUAGGGACUUCUCAGACGUUUUUUUUUUGCUUGGUUUGGCAGCAUGAGUUGUGGAGUUGCGUCUUGCCUGUAGAAUGAGUUCUGCGGGAUGAAAUAGCCCGCCCUCCUGGACAAUCAAGUUCUUGCACCAAUCAUGACGAAUUGUCUUCGUUGCCGAUUGCCUGCACCCUACCCCGGGUUGCAGCAGCUUUUUUUUUUUUCGUUUUUUCAAGGGAAAGCGUCGGUCGUCAUGGUGAUACUCCCUGUGCAGGGCACUUUCUUAACGUAGAAGACCAGCCGCUCGUGUCAACUUACUGCUGUGGUUGUCAAGGUGAUGCGAGGGAAAGGAACUGCCGUUGCGUGAUACACACUGAGAGAGGCAUCGUGUGGCCCGCAGUCUUCCUAUGGUCAACACUGGUGCCGCUGAUUUCUGAUCGGCCUCGGUGUUCCGCUUCACCGUCCGGUCAAGUUCGUGCGGGGCGACGGUCGUUUAGGCGUACAGUAGUGGGUGGGAGAGGACGAAUGCAACGUGUAGACCCCAGAUGUACAUUGAAGCAUUGAAGUGGUGCAACCACCAACGGUAGGGACUCAUACAGAAGCACCGCGCGAGUUUUCGGCCGUAGCACCAACACCUCCCUCUGUCUCGGUAGCCGCGCGACGAUUGGUGCUUUCAUUCCUAAGCGUUGUUGCUGCUGCUAGUUGGAGAAGAGAAUGGUCCGUGAGGGACGGCAUCGUGCAUGUUUUGGUGGAGUUGAAGUGAAAUUAUUGUGUUAGUUUGGGCUUUGAACCUGCCGCAGAUACGGGCUGUGGGUAUUGGCUUGUGGGGGGCGUGCCCCAAAUCGAAGCCGUCAAUUUAUUGGUGUGCGAUCGCGUCCAAAACCCAACAUUUCGCUGCACUCGGAGGAUCCGCACCCGCCACCUCCACCAGUGGUGAUGAUGGCGAAGCAAGCAGAUGAACGUGCAUCGAACAUGAACGAACAUGAUCAGACUCAA